AGUUUGUCAACCCGGAGAUGGUGGCUCAUGGCUGCUGGACAUUUUCGUGGUACUCUGCGGCUGCGGAGCCGGAGACCAUUGUGAUGGAAUGGCAGAAUAAAGUGUCGUUAUUAGUUGAGUGACUUGAUGGUUUAACACGGGCGAGAUGGCAUCCGACAGCAGAAUGGAAUGGGUGGAAAUCAUCGAGCCCCGUACCAAGGAGCACAUGUAUGCCAACCUUACCACUGGCGAAUGUGUAUGGGAUCCCCCACCUGGAGUUCCUGUAAAGAAGACAGACAAUAACCAAUGGUGGGAAUUGUUUGAUCAGAACACUUCACGAUUUUACUACUACAAUGCAACAUCCCAGAAAACGGUUUGGCACCGUCCUACUGACUGUGACAUCAUACCCCUGGCCAAGUUGCAGACCUUGAAACAAAACACAGAGCCUGUAGGACCUGGUGGUGAUUCUCAGAGAGGAGUCGAGCCCAAGAAAAAAGAGUCGGUGUCAACACAGACUCCAACUUCUUCAGUGGGUAGAGUUGCACGUUUCCCCUUUCAGGAGAGUCCAAAUCUAGCUGCGACACUACAGGUUGGAGGGGCUUGCCGACCUCGAGGACCUGGGGUUGGCGUCGAUGCACAAACUUCGCCUCCUUCACUUUCACCCUCGUCCAGACGUCACCAUCAUCACCAUCAUCAUCAUCAUAACAAUCGUCAUCACCAUAGACAUCACGAACAGCCUGCAGCUCGGAGGCAGCAUAAUCACUCCCAGGAUUCCGGGCGUUCGAGCGAUAGUUCAGUUUCACAUAGUCGCACUUCCUUGGAAUCUACUGGUUAUCGGCUGUUGGAUUCACCCCAUCGUCAUCAUCACCGUUCAGUUGCACCCACGCAACCUUUGCCUCCACAAUCCUCUCAUCUUCGCCAGCAAUCUGGUACUCUAGAAAACCGAAGUCACAAGAGUGGCACUCUGGAGAGUGUGAAGAACCAAAAAUCUCAACCGAAAACUGACUCACCACCUCUAGGCUUGUCGCUGUCAACUAGUACUCCCCUUUUCAAAAAAAAGACUUUUGCUGAACCUCAGAGAGAAAUCAGAGCUAAUUUAGACUCUGAGAGAACUAAGAAUGGCAAAGAUAACAACAGAGGAUCAUAUGGCCCAGAGCCAAGUACGUCGCCAUACAGAGAGUCGAUGAUGGAAUCCCGUGGCUUCAGGCAAGAAAUGCCACCUUAUCGUCCACCGGAGGUACAAGUUGGACAACUGUACAAGCCUCAGGUCGAUAAAUAUGGAUCUCUCAUCGAAACAACGGGAAAUCGAUAUCACAGGGAACGGGAUAUGCACCACAGGGAGAGAGUAAACAGUCUAGACAAAACAAACGCAACAUCAUUUUAUCCGAGCUCUAUUCACCAUCGUAACCGUCAAGACACAGGCAGUGGUAGUGUGAGUAGACUCCAUCAUGGCUCCGUAUCUUUGUCAGAGGCUAAUGUUAGAGAGAAAUAUGGCGGAGUACCACCGGAGAGAGUAGAGGCUAAUAAAAGUUUAAUCAGAGGGACUGGAGGAAUUAUGGCAAAUGUAUCUAAGCAAAGAAGUUUGGAAGUUAGUGAAAGGGAGAGAGAUCAUAGGAGAACAACUUGCAAUAAUUCUAUCGACCGUACAACACAGCCGAUAGCACGCAGCUACAGUUUUGUGCAGCAGCAAAAGCAGCAACAGAAGCAGCAGAAUAGAAGACGUGAUAGGGACGAUGAUUCGAUGCAUGAGAGGUAUUUGGUUGGUCAAACACAGUCUCAAUCAAGAGACAGCAGCAACAGUAAUAGCAAUGACACCAGCAGCACAAACAGUAGCAGCAACAGCAUGGGAGGUGAAGAAGUUGUUGGAGCUGAAGAGAGUGAGAAUGGAAAGAAAAAGAAAAGCAAUGGAAAUCCUAGUCCUCCGCCAUCACCCUAUUAUGGGAAUCUGUUAGUGGACGCAGAUCACCUGUUGCCGCUGCAACAUUAUAUUCUACAACAAGCAAAGCUGUCAGGUUGUUACAGGUUUGGCGAUCCAUUGUUGGUAGAGGAUGGAGACGAUUCGUUAGACGAAGAAGGGGGGCGAGGUGGCGGACCAGGAGGACGCGUGGACGAUGAUUCUGACGAUCAGUUUGCGGAUGAUGAAGCAGCUAGUAAUCAGGGAGAUUCAUCGAGCCAGGAAUAUCUUGAAGAUCAUUACGCCGAUUUAGGCAACUAUGAUACAGCAGGUUUAGCUACUUAUUACAAUACUGCGGAUACUUUGACUAGGCCACCUGCUACUCCACCACCUCCAACAAUCGUAUCCCAUACUGAUGGUAUAGCUGCCAGUGCCGUAAGACCGAUUUCUUUACCACCAUCGACCGGAGUUGUUAUGGGGACCACUCCAAGCAUUGGAAAUGAAACUAGUAUAGGAGGAACGGACUUUGAUGAAAUCAGGCGAGAUGGUGGUGGUGGGGAUAUUGAAAAAUACGCCCAAGACAACCUGAAUCUGAAUUGUGGAAGACCUAAGGGACUCAGGUUACUCUUCCGUAAGAAAUUCAGUGUGCGCGAUAUGCUGAGUUGGUCUAAAGACCCGAUACCUCAGCCUAUGCUCGCUAUAACUGGAAGAGACGGUGAGAAGCCUCUCAAAAGAGAAGCUUGUAAUUUAUUUAGACUCGUGCAAGUUUACAUGGGAGAUCGCAAAGCUAACGUAGGUAUGACUCUUGACGGAGUCGCGAUGGAUAUCGUAAAUACAACUUUUGCUAAACCGCCCCUUCGAGACGAGUUGUAUGUGCAAAUAUGUCGUCAAACGACUGAAAAUCCUCGCAAAGAAAGCCUUCGCAGAGGCUGGGAGCUGAUGGCUGUUUGCCUCGCGUUUGUUCCUGCCAGUGCUACUUUUGAGCCGUACCUUGAGGGUUACAUGAAUAGGCAUAGAGAUCCAGAUUUCCAAUUUCUUGAAGUGCCCAAAUGGCCAAUACACGUCCAAGUCAGUCACUACGCCACUGUGGCCUGUCGUCGUUUGCAGCGUAUCGGAGCCCAUGGAAAACGACAACCCCGAAAGGCUACUCUUGAGGAUAUCGACCAAGCAAGGAUCCAAAUCUUCCGAGCUUCGAUGUUUGGAGCGACGCUCACCGAAGUGAUGGCUUUGCAGCGGGAUCGAUAUCCACAAAGAGAGCUGCCAUGGGUGCAGACAACCCUUGCUCGUCAGGUACUACUCCGUGGUGGGACCACCACCGAAGGAAUUUUCCGGGUAUCAGCCGAUGCCGACGAGGUCAGCGUUCUCAAGGCAUCUCUGGACAGAUUCGAGGAUAGCGGAGUAGCGAAUUCGGCACAAGAUGCCCAUGCCCCAGCUUCUCUACUGAAAUUGUGGGUGAGGGAGCUUUACGAACCUCUAAUCCCAGAUACUCUCUACACAGAAUGCGUGUCGAUGCGCCACGACGACGCUCGAGCUGCUGCUGCAGCAGCAACCGCUUUGGUCGAUCGACUUCCAGACCUCAACCGUCGAGUUCUGUGCCAUCUUAUUAGAUUCCUACAGAUAUUCGCAAGACCGGAAGUUGUCGUUCGAACAAAAAUGGAUGCGAGCAACUUGGCUAUGGUGAUGGCUCCGAACGUAUUACGCUGUACAUCACAAGAUCCAAGGAUUAUCCUUGAGAAUGCACGGAAAGAGAUGGCCUUUGUUCGUACCCUAAUUCAAUCUCUAGAGACCGCAUGGGUCGAAGGUCUCCACUGACUAUUAGAUGACUUACAAUUAGACUAGAUUACAAGAAAAAAAAAAAAACUCCUAUGCCAAAACGACAGCUGUAUAUUCAUUAUAUUAUUAAUUUUAUUACCGUAUUAGUACUUUUUAUUAAUAUUAUUAUUGUAUUAUUUACGUUAUAACUUUUAAUUUUAUCUACAUCAUUGUGUAAAUGUAAACGUCUACAAAGCUGAGCAACUCAUUUCCUAUUUAUUAUUUAUAAACAUAUAUUAGUAUAUUACUGAAAUAUUAUUAGAUUAUAUCGCUAUUAUCAUAUUUUACCGAUUCUUGUUACCGCGCGAAUUGCGAUGGCUUUUUUACUCGAUCAUUGUUGAAUCCCAUGUAAUAUACUAAUGUGUUACCGUGUAUAUUCGUGAUAUCGUCACAGCGAGGUCUUUUUGUAAAACGAAUGAGCGUAUACCCAUACAAAUCUAUUCUGAAGUAAAUAAUACUUGCGAAGGAUUAGCA